AUGGUCAGAAAUACAGACAUACAUGUUUCACUUUGCAUCCAAUCCAUCAAAUUGCCUCUCAAUAAACUAUCAACAUCUUCAAUGGUUGAUGGUUAAACCUCACAUUAAUCCACUGGCCAUACAUCUUUGAAUUCCACUAGAACAGUUAUAUCACGAAAAAUGACAGAAGAAGUAAACAACAAACAGAUACUUUUUAAAGAUUACGUUAAUGGUUUCCCAAAAGAAUCUGACAUGCUACUUAGUACUUCCUCCACCAUUAGCCUCAAGCUUCCACAUGGUUCUAAUGGCGUUCUUCUCGUAAAGAACCUUUAUCUUUCGUGUGAUCCUUACAUGCGUAUCCGGAUGAACAACACUGCAGGUGGUGACACUGAUUCUUUUACUCCUGGUUCGCCUAUAAUUGGGUUAGGAGUAGCUAAAGUCCUUGAUUCUGGGCAUUCAAACUUCAAGAACGGUGACUUAGUCUGGGGAAUGACUGGAUGGGAACAAUAUAGCAUCAUAAAUGAUCCUGAGAAUCUAUUCAAGAUUGAACAUACCGAUGUGCCUCUUUCCUAUUAUACAGGAAUCCUUGGUAUGCCUGGCAUAACAGCUUAUGCCGGGUUUUAUGAGAUUUGUGCUCCAAAGGAAGGGGAGUAUGUCUUUGUUUCAGCAGCUUCAGGUGCAGUUGGUCAGCUUGUUGGACAAUUCGCAAAGUUGUCAGGAUGCUAUGUUGUAGGGAGUGCUGGUACAAAAGAGAAGGUUGAUAUGUUAAAGAAUAAAUUUGGAUUCGAUGAGGCUUUUAACUACAAGGAAGAGCAAGAUCUUGAUGCAGCUCUGAAGAGGUAUUUUCCUGACGGAAUUGAUAUCUACUUUGAAAAUGUUGGGGGAAAGAUGUUGGAAGCAGUAAUUUUGAAUAUGAGAUUACAUGGUCGGAUUGCAGUUUGUGGGAUGAUCUCACAGUACAACGGCCAAGGGGAUGGGGUGCAAAACCUGUUUCUCUUAGUACCAAAGAGUAUUCGGAUGCAAGGGUUCGGUGUGAAUCAUUUCUAUCACUUGUAUCCAAAGUAUUUGGAUAUGAUUAUACCCCUUAUCAAAAAUGGAACAAUAAGUUACGUCGAAGAUAUUGUAGAGGGGAUAGAACAUGCACCUGCGGCUUUGGUUGGGCUGUUUUCAGGCAAGAAUGUCGGGAAGCAAGUCGUGGUUGUUGCCCAUGAAUGAGGAGUCCACAUCUCUUUAGCCAGUAUCUUUGCAUCCUAUCCUUAUUUCCCUAUUACUCCAUGACCAUACGUAUUUGGAGUAUAUAAUGCCUAAAGAGGUGUAUGUAACUAUGAUGAAUGAUGAGAUUGCAUGAAAUUAGUUAAUGUAAGCAAGUAAUCAGCAUAUCCAUACUUUUUGCCA